GAGCAGCUACGUUGAGCCCGAACCUCAGUUUUGGGAAGUGGCCACUCGUCGCUUUCUUUCUGAGAGACCAGCAGCUUCACACCAACUGUCAGGACUUGAAGAUGUCAGCGCAGAUCAUCAGCGGCAAAGAGGUUUCUGCUCAGGUGAGGGAGCGACUGAAGAAGGAUGUUGAGAAGAUGAAGCUUCAGGAUCCAAACUUCAGACCUGGACUUGUAGUUUUACAGGUCGGGGACCGAGAUGAUUCAAAUCUCUACAUCAGUAUGAAGAUCAAGGCUGCAGCUGAGAUUGGAAUCAAUGCUACUCACAUGCGACUUCCCAAAACUGCCACAGAGGAGGAGAUCCUCCAUAGCAUCACGGAAGUCAACGAGAACUCGUCCAUCCACGGUCUGAUCGUCCAGCUGCCCCUCGACUCCAUUCACAAGAUUGACACGGAGAAGGUCACCAACGCCGUGGCCCCAGAGAAGGACGUGGAUGGCCUCACGAGCAUCAACGCUGGGAAACUCUCUCGCGGCGAUCUUGGCGACUGCUUCAUCCCCUGCACCCCUAACGGCUGCAUGGAGCUGAUCCAACAGACUGGUGUCUCCGUGGCGGGAAAGAGAGCCGUGGUGAUUGGCCGCAGCAAGAUUGUGGGCGCCCCCAUGCACGACCUUCUUCUGUGGAACCAUGCUACUGUCACCACCUGCCACUCCAAAACUGCUGAUCUCGCUGGAGAGGUGAGCAAAGCAGACAUAUUGGUGGUCGGUAUCGGGAAGGCCGAGAUGGUGAAAGGCGAGUGGAUCAAGAAGGGCGCCGUGGUCAUCGACUGUGGCAUCAAUCAUGUUCCAGAUGAGACGAAGGCAAGCGGGAAGAGAGUGGUGGGAGACGUCCACUACGCCUCCGCCAAAGAGCAGGCUGGCUUCAUCACACCAGUGCCCGGCGGCGUGGGGCCUAUGACGGUUGCUAUGCUGAUGGCUAACACGGUGCUGAGUGCAAAGAGGUUCUUGGACAGCCAUCAGCCUGGAAAGUGGAGCAUCUCUUACACCAAACUGAACCUGGUGAAGCCGGUGCCGAGCGACAUUGUGAUUUCUCGCUCGUGCGUGCCCAAACCCAUCGACGCGCUGGCACGAGAGGUCGGUCUGCUGUCCGAUGAGGUGGAGCUCUAUGGAAAAACCAAGGCCAAAGUGCAGCUGAGCAUCAUCAAGCGUCUGCAGGGGCAACCCGAUGGGAAAUACGUGGUGGUCACCGGCAUCACCCCCACCCCGCUUGGCGAGGGGAAGAGCACCACCACCAUCGGCCUGGUCCAAGCGCUCGGCGCUCACAUGAAGCUCAACGUCUUUGCUAACGUGCGCCAGCCUUCACAGGGACCAACCUUCGGCAUUAAAGGUGGCGCUGCAGGAGGUGGAUACUCUCAGGUCAUCCCGAUGGAGGAGUUCAACCUCCACCUGACAGGUGACAUUCACGCCAUCACAGCCGCCAACAAUUUGGUGGCCGCCGCCAUCGACGCUCGCAUGUUCCACGAGGCCACUCAGACUGACAAGGCUCUUUUCAAUCGUUUGGUGCCACUCAGUGGAGGACAGAGGAAGUUCUCUCCGGUCCAGAUCAACAGACUGAAGAAACUGGGCAUUGACAAAACUGACCCGACCACCCUGACAGAGGAAGAGGUCGCCCGCUUUGCUCGUCUGGACAUUGACCCAAGCUCAGUCACCUGGCAGAGAGUGCUGGACACCAACGAUCGGUUCCUGAGGAAGAUCACCAUCGGCCAAUCGCCUACUGAGAAAGGACACACCCGAGAGUGCCAGUUUGACAUCACGGUGGCCAGUGAAAUCAUGGCUGUCCUGGCUCUGACCAGCAGCCUGGAGGACAUGCGCCUGCGCCUGGCCAAGAUGGUGGUGGCCACCAGCCGAGGGGGUGUCCCCAUCACCACCGAAGACCUGGGUGUGUGCGGCGCUCUGACUGUCCUCAUGAAGGACGCUAUCAAACCCAACUUGAUGCAGACGUUGGAAGGAACGCCGGUGUUUGUCCAUGCUGGCCCAUUCGCCAACAUUGCCCACGGCAACUCCUCCAUUCUGGCCGACAAAAUCGCUCUGAAGCUGGUGGGACCCGACGGUUUUGUGGUGACUGAGGCUGGCUUCGGCGCCGAUAUUGGCAUGGAGAAGUUCUUCAACAUCAAGUGCCGAUAUUCAGGGCUGCGGCCUCACGUGGUGGUGCUGGUGGCGACGGUCCGAGCACUGAAGAUGCACGGAGGAGGACCGACAGUCACCGCUGGGAUGCCGCUGCCAAAGGAAUAUGUUGAAGAGAACCUGGAGCUUCUGGAGAAUGGCUGCAGCAACAUGAAGAAGCAGAUUGAAAACGCAAAGCACUUUGGGGUUCCCGUGGUGGUGGCUGUCAACGCUUUCAAGACCGACACUGAGGCCGAGCUGGACCUGGUCUGCAGUGUCGCUAAAACAGCCGGAGCCUUCGAUGCAGUGCGUUGCACACACUGGGCAGAGGGUGGCGCUGGAGCUGUUGCUUUGGGUCAGGCUGUGCAGAGAGCUUCCGAAACGCCCAGCAACUUUAAGUUCCUGUAUGAUUUAGAUCUCCCCAUUGCUGAUAAGAUCCGAAUAAUCGCCCAAAAAAUCUAUGGCGCAGACGACAUUGAGCUCCUCCCGGAGGCUCAGCACAAAGUGGAGCUCUACACCAAACAGGGUUUUGGGAACCUGCCGAUGUGCAUGGCCAAGACGCACCUGUCGCUCUCUCACGAGGCCGACAAGAAAGGCGUGCCUACCGGUUUCAUCCUGCCGAUCCGAGACAUCCGGGCCAGCGUCGGUGCCGGCUUCCUCUUCCCUCUAGUUGGCACGAUGCCCACCAUCCCGGGUCUGCCCACCAGGCCCUGCUUCUACGACAUCGACCUGGAUCCUGAGACGGAACAAGUCAACGGACUCUUCUAAAUCAGCGCAGAGCGCGGCAUUUACUGUACUUCCUCUAGCUGAGCUGCUCCUCUCUGUAAAUAGUUGAUCCUGACCAAAACUGCCACGUUGAGGAGCUUCGCUGUUUCAAAUGUCCUGCUGACACUUCCCAUUGUUUUAGAUCCCACUGAACCGAGUCUGUUCAAGAUGAACCAACAUGAGUCUUAAGUGUUUCCAUUAAAAAAAGGUGAAUCAUUUGUUCUCCGGCUCAAUAAAGAAAACAUGUUUGUGUUUCU